GAAGGAGUGGUGUCAGACUGCAUCUUGCUGUCUAAAGAGGUGAUAUUUCACAAUGAGGCGUGCUGCAGCUUUUCUGGUGUUGCUGCUCUGUCUGUACUGGACGAGGGCUCAGGGUGAGAGUGGAGGGGUGACAGGGAAUGAUAUCACUCAGACGGAGGUUCAGUCUGAGAUCCUGGGUGUCAAAGCAACCAGUGAUCAGACCAACAUCACCCCUGACAUCUGGGCUGAGCUGAAGGAGCUGAGAGACAUGGCCAUCAAACACAGUGUGGAGCUGAGCAACAGCAAGAGCAAGAUGGAGAAGCUGGAGCAGGAGAAUACAGCCAUACAGGCCAGACUGACGGCUAGUGAAAGCAAGAAUUCAGUGUUGGAGACCAGGAUGACUGCCAAUGAAAACGAGGUGGAGGAGCUGAAGAGACAGAAUGCAGUGUUGGAGACCAGAAUGAACGCCAGUGAAAAAGAUGUGGAGGAACUCAACAGAGAGAACACAGUGUUGGAGACCAGGAUGACUGCCAAUGAAAACGAGGUGGAGGAGCUGAAGAGACAGAAUGCAGAUCUUCAAUCCAGAGUAACAGCAUUUGAAGAUAAGAGCACAGUGUUGGAGGCCAGGAUGAACACCAGUGAAAACGAGGUGGAGGAGCUGAAGAGACAGAAUACAGACCGACCAAAGGUGGCGUUCUCACUUAGUCUCACUGAUGAUGGACAAGUUGGACCCUUCAAUACUGACAUCACACUUAAGUUCAGUAAAGUCAUCACCAACUUUGGUCAGGUCUACAGUCCAACUACAGGUCUCUUCACAGCCCCAGUCAGAGGAGUCUACUACUUCUCAUUCACUACAAUGGAUCCCUGGAAGAACGCAUGGAGUGGUUUUUAUGUCUAUCACAAUGACAAGAGAUUGUUGCUGAAUAAUAAUUACAAUGAUGAACAUGGCUAUACCAGCCUUUCUAAUUCACUGGUUCUUCAGCUGGAAAAGGGGGAUGUGGUCUACAUGGUUUUACCUGCCGGCUAUAGUAUAUUCGAUAGUACCAAUUAUCAUACUACCUUUAAGGGAUUUCUGCUUUUUCCACUGUGAGACUAAAACAUGAGAA